AUGGAGGGUGGUCCUCAAGUGCUACAGAGUAUGUGGUCGCUAUCGCCUCAGCCGACGAUAUCGUUUAUCUCGCUUAUCAAGUCGGUUUUUACGGGAUCGUCAUUUUCGACCCAGACAACAUUUCCAUACUACUGCUUUGGACCUUUAUUUGCAUCAUCGUCUAAUUUUGCGGCGUGUUGGUUUUGUGUUCUAUCUCAAGCUGCACGUCAAUCACAAAGAACUGUCGAAGUCAAUUAUAACAACCACCAUUAUCCUCUGCAUGAAAAAGGAGAGCCCAACCCUGGUGUUUUGCGCAGGAUCACCAACACUUUUCCGCUGCGGUGGCGCAAAGAGACCAUCCUCGGCAACUUCCUGAUCUGGAUACUCAGCAUGGGCACCCUGGCAAAUAUCGCCUUUGGCAGCAUGGACAAAAGAUACGACGACCAACAGACCCCUGUGGAUGGCAUGGAGUCAAUACUGCUCGAAGAUGUGUACUGUUGGCACCAAAAAGAGCUUAGGCAUUAA